CGAUGGCGGCGCUGUGCGGCCGGGCGCGGCUGGCUGCGCUGGGCGGGAGGAUGCGGGGCUGCGCCAGGGCAUCGCUCCGCUCCUGCAGCGCCGGGCCGCCGCUCUACGACGUGCUGGUGUCGGGCGGCGGAAUGGUCGGCACCGCGAUGGCCGCCGCGCUCGGGCACGAUAUCCAUUUCCGUGACAAGAAAGUCGCCUUGCUGGAGGCCGGGCCCAGGAAGGAAUAUCACUUACCAGAGAGCUACAGCAACAGGGUCAGCUCCAUCUCCCCCGGCUCAGCCACCUUCCUCAGCAGUUUUGGUGCCUGGGAUCACGUCUGCAGCCUGAGAUGUAAACCAUUCCGACGCAUGCAGGUGUGGGAUGCUUGUUCUGAAGCCAUCAUCACUUUUGAGAAAGAUGACUUAGAUGACAUGGGUUACAUAGUGGAGAAUGAUGUCAUUAUGGCUGCUCUUACCAAACAGUUAGAUGCAGUAGCAGACCGGGUGGAGGUUUUCUACGGGAGCAGAGCAGUCGGGUAUACCUGGCCCCUUCCCUCUCACAACUGUGACACAAGCCCUUGGGUCCAAAUUGAGUUAGCUGAUGGACGCAGACUUCAGACCAAACUGCUGAUCGGUGCAGAUGGCCAUAACUCUGUAGUCCGGAAGGAAGCUGAAAUUCAGAACAUUGAGCAUCAGUAUGACCAGUCAGCUGUGGUGGCAACUCUUCACUUGUCUGAGGCCACAGAGAAUAAUGUAGCAUGGCAGAGGUUCCUCCCCACAGGACCAAUUGCACUUUUGCCACUGUCUGACACUGCCAGCUCUCUGGUUUGGUCUACAUCUCAUGAACAUGCCUCAGAGCUUCUCACUAUGGACACCGAAAGUUUUGUGGAUAGCAUCAAUUCUGCCUUUUGGAGCAACGUAAACCAUUCUGACUUCAUCGAUAGUGCUGGAGCCAUGUUUCGAUCUGCUCUUUCACUUCUGAAACCCUCAGGAACUGCGAUGCGUCAGCUGCCCCCAAGUGUUGCUGAAGUAGAUCCAGAGAGCAGAGCCAUGUUCCCUCUGGGGAUGGGCCAUGCGACAGAGUACGUCAGGCACCGCGUGGCUCUCAUCGGGGAUGCAGCACACAGAGUCCAUCCACUUGCAGGACAAGGUGUAAACCUGGGUUUUGGUGAUAUUGCAUGCUUAGCUCAUCACCUCAGCGCAGCAGCCUUCAACGGGCAAGAUCUGGGAUCCUUAAAACAUCUCUUAAAGUUUGAGACAGAACGUCAGAGGCACAAUGUCUCCUUGAUAGCUGCCAUUGAUUUACUGAAGAGGCUUUACUCUACAAGCCUUUCUCCUGUGGUGCUACUGAGGACAUGGGGAUUGCAAGCAACAAAUGCCCUGCCUCCCGUCAAAGACAAGCACAGAUGGGGUGAGCUAAGGAGGCACAUCCAAGACAUGGAGGAAUUGGUGGCAGGAGUAUGAAAAUGGGAAGAAGCAGAGAUUAAAGAAUCAGAAGAGCUUAAAUAACCCCUCCACAAUCCAGCACAGUACCUGCAUGGAGCAAGCACUCUAGAUCACCAUCAUCAAGAGGAAUUGGCUAAAGCAGUUCACAGCAAUGUCUGACAGGUGAGCUGAGCAUACUAGGGUAGGUGCAUGAAAUGCUUCCUCAUUAUGCAAAGAUCCCAUUGUUAUGUUCCGUGGUCAGCAGAAUCUCAUUUAUAUUUGCUACUACCUGUAAGGUAAAACUUUACUUUCCCUCCCCUUCACGUUGUAAUUUGUCAGUCCAGUUCACACACUGAAUCAAGCUCAGAGAUCGUGUUUCCUAUUGUAAAGCAAAGCAACAUCAGUCACCAAAGGGGACUGUUCUGGCCGUUGCUGGUAGCAGCUUCAUGCUCUGCUUGCAGCAUUAGGGACAGUAUUUUUAAGAAAGAGUUCUGCAAGGGGAUACUCUUUAGUCUACCAGUUGUUAUACCCUAACACAGCCAGAGAACUCAGCUCCAAGCCUCAGAAAGAACUCUCCUGUUUCUGCAAGUAACUAACAUUUCCUAUUAAGGCAGUGUAUAGCAAGCAUAGGCCAGCUACUCUUAUGGCUUCAGAUCUUUCUUUGGCUCUAUCAACACUCUACAUCUAUGAUGUACUAUGAUGUACAUCCUUCAUACUCUUAAGAUAACUGAUGGAGUAUUUGUCAAGAAAAAACAUGCAGAUGCUGUAGGCAAGACUUAUCUUACAAGGAGCAAAAAGCUGCUUUAUUUUACCUUCUUUGUUGCCACCGUACCGGUACUUCACUCCCCCAAAGUGCCACUCUGCUUCCAGUUGCUUUGGCAAACAAGAACUGCGGAACAUUUGUCCAUCUGCAACUGGAAAUAAGAGAUCAGGAAAGAUACAUUUUAAUGCAGUUAUCAAUCAUUGUGCAAAGCCAGAAAGGAAAAGGCUGAAAAAUCUUAAUUAAGGUCUUCAAGGAAAAGUAAGGAAAUGUGAACUGUGCAACCUACUGAUGGCACCUGCUUUAUGCUGUUUGCAUUUAUGUGGUUGCUGGUAAAGCUGUGUAUUGGUGGUUG